AAAAAAAAAGUCAAUUUAACAUUUAAAAACCUCUACUUGAUUGUUUUUUAAAAAUGAAUACAAUUGAUUUUAUAAUUUCUGCGGAAAAAGAAAAUUGGGGACAGGUCCUUGAAGAUUUUUUAAAAUAUUCGUUAAAUGUAUUUGCGUUUCCGGAAUUAAAUGAUGGUACUAAAAGGAAAGAUGUAUGGAAAGCGUUGUAUAAUAUUGCCAAAUUGUCGGAUGAUCCUAAUACUAUUAAAAAUUCUUUUAUAGCAGUGAGAAUUCUCAGUCGGGAAAAGGGCCACCUACUAGAAGUCAUCAACGAUGAUUGGACAGAGUUGAUGAAGGAAUAUUCGGCUCUUAAUAAAGACAAAUUUGAUUUAAAUGACGACCAAAAAAAUAUCUGCAUCGAAGUUUUGAAAUGCUUCUCAAAUAUACUGUUUAACUCUCGCCAAUUGGCUAUGAAAACCGUUGAAAAUGGCAUUUUUGAAGGUCUCACAAAAAGAAUAGCGAAUCUAGGUGAUGGCAGUACACCUGAGGAGAUUAAAUUCAUGGAUAUGAGACUGGUGUUUUUGAUAACUGCUUUGUGUCCCGAAGCAAGAAGCAAGGCGAAGCAUAUGAUUGAUUUGCUUAUUCAAAUUUUAGAUGAUAAUUUAAAAAAGGCUGCAGAAAACCAUCUAGGACAUGAAAAUCUGCCGCCAAUAUUUUUAACAGACAUCCAAGUAAACUUAUCGUCCGAAAUUCUAAAAGUACUUUUUAAUAUCACAAUAGGGGUAGACGAAUCUGAACCGGAAGUACUAGCGAGCUGCCUUGCUCUUGUAAAACUUCUCCGAAGUUAUUUAAUAAUUCCUUCGACGGAUUUGGAUAAAACUUGGACUCUGCGUAAUGACGCCAUCAAUCUUCUCACCAAUAUGCCAGAAGAUACAUACAAACACCUCGUACCUCCUACUGAUGAUCACAGUCAAAUAUUAAAAAGUUUACAAUUCGAGGGACAUAACAUGACCGUUUUGUUUGAGAUUUUGAUGUGUCUGAAGGCCAAGUUUAAUGAUUAUCCGAAAAUAUCCAAUCAACACGAAGUAUUAUCUCCAAUAGUAACAGUUUUGUUAAAAGGAGCAAUUAGUUACAGGCCAAUAAGAAAAUUUCUCAGAAUACAGAUUUUACCGCCGCUAAAGGACGUCUACUCGAGACCUGAAGAAGGCGAUGCUCUAAGGAACCAUUUGUGCCGAAUGCUUACCACUCCUAUUACCCAAUUGCGAGAUUUGGUAGCAGAAUUACUGUUUGUCCUUUGCAAAAAGAACGUUCCACGUAUGAUUAAAUAUACCGGAUAUGGUAACGCGGCUGGCCUCUUCGCCCAAAAGGGACUGCUAGCUGGAGGCAGAGAUCAGAGCGACGUUGACUACAGCUCAGAUAGUGAAGACAGCGAAACAGAAGAAUACGCCGAUAGCAAACACGGAAUCAAUCCAGUGAUCGGUUGUUACGAAGAACCGCGUCGCAGUUGUUUGGAAAACAUGUCAGAAGAACAGAAAGAGUACGAGGCGAUGAAAUUGGUGGAGUUAAUGGACAGCUUGAUGGCAUCGGGAAAAAUUAGACCUUGUGUUGUUGGCGAAGACGGCAAACCUAAACCGGUAGAGCACGUUCUUCAGUUACGAGAUGGUUUGAAAAACCAACAAGUACCCAAAAACGGGAACGAAAGUGAUUAAGAUUAUAUUAUAAUGUAUCUAUCUAUGUUGUGAAUUUAACCUUGCUGAUAAACGUUUGUUUACUCGGUACACACAGUAUGAUGAUUGUUAGGAUAUAAUAAAAGGAAGUUCUAUUAUCAAUCCCUACAAAACCCCUUCUACUUUGAUCCAUUUUCCAGCUAUUUUGAACCCUUCAUUAUUCCCAUUCUGUGGUUUCCUCUCUCACUUUUGAUCCUCCUUAUAAUAUCUUUUUAAAACUGAAUGUCUAUUAUUCUGAAAUGUAUUUAUUUGUAAUUAAGUAUAUUUGUUGUCUUAAAAAUAGAGUUUAAGUAUUUGUUAUUUUUCAAUCAAAAUAAACAUAAGCCAGGUAAAAAAAGUUUUUUUGUUCUGUCAUUUAUCGUUCAGAAGUGAAUCU